CGCGGCGCCAUCUUGCAGCCGGCGGCGCGGAUUGAAUGAGCCCGCCGAGCCCCGGCCGCCGUCGGGAGCCGCGCAGGCCGCGAGCAGCCGCUGCUACCAUGGCCACGCCGCUGUCCGGCCGCGCGGGCGGGCCAGCCACACCACUGUCGCCCACGCGCCUCUCGCGGCUGCAAGAGAAGGAGGAGCUGCGUGAGCUCAAUGACCGCCUGGCGCAAUACAUCGACCGCGUCCGCGCUCUUGAGCUUGAGAACGACCGGCUGCUGCUCAAGAUCUCCGAGAAGGAGGAGGUGACCACUCGAGAGGUGAGUGGCAUCAAGGCGCUGUAUGAGUCGGAGCUGGCUGAUGCCCGAAGAGUCCUAGACGAGACAGCCCGAGAGCGUGCCAGGCUGCAGAUUGAAUUGGGGAAACUGAGAGCUGAGCUGGAGGAAGUCAACAAGAGCGCCAAGAAGAGGGAGGGUGAACUCACCGUGGCACAGGGUCGGGUCAAAGAUCUGGAGUCCUUAUUCCACCGGAGUGAGGCGGAGCUGGCUGCUGCCCUCAGUGACAAGCGUGGCCUGGAAAACGAUGUGGCUGAGCUGCGGGCCCAGCUCGCCAAGGCAGAGGAUGGCCACUCAGUGGCUAAAAAGCAGCUGGAGAAGGAGACGCUGAUGCGCGUGGACUUGGAGAACCGCUGCCAGAGCCUACAGGAAGAGCUCGACUUCCGGAAGAAUGUGUUUGAGGAGGAGGUGCGGGAGACGCGGCGGCGGCACGAGCGCCGCCUGGUGGAGGUGGACAGCAGCCGGCAGCAGGAGUAUGACUUCAAGAUGGCCCAGGCGCUGGAGGAGCUGCGCAGCCAGCAUGAUGAGCAAGUGCGGCUGUACAAGCAAGAGCUGGAGCAGACCUACCAGGCCAAGCUGGACAACGCUAAGCUGAGCUCUGACCAGAAUGACAAAGCAGCCAGUGCUGCCCGCGAGGAGCUGAAAGAAGCCCGCAUGCGAGUUGAGUCCCUCAGCUACCAGCUCUCCAACCUUCAGAAACAGGCCAGUGCCGCUGAGGACCGCAUCCGGGAGCUGGAGGAGGCCAUGACUGGGGAGCGGGACAAGUUCAGGAAGAUGCUGGAUGCCAAGGAGCAGGAGAUGACAGAGAUGCGGGAUGUGAUGCAGCAGCAGCUAGCUGAGUACCAGGAGCUGCUGGACGUGAAGCUGGCCCUGGACAUGGAGAUCAGUGCCUACCGAAAGCUCCUGGAGGGCGAGGAGGAGAGGCUGAAGCUAUCCCCUAGCCCAUCCUCUCGGAUCACCAUCUCGAGGGCCACCUCCAGUAGCAGUGGCAGCAGUGUGUCAGCAGCUGGGCGCCCAGGCCGCAGCAAGCGGAAGCGGCUAGAAGCAGAGGAGUCACCAGGCAGUGGCUCAAGUGGCCUGGGCACAGGCAGCAGUGGGAGCAGCAGCAGCAGCAGCUUCCACCUGGCCCAGCAGGCCUCAGCCUCGGGCAGCGUUACCAUUGAGGAGGUUGACCUGGAGGGCAAAUUUGUGCAGCUGAAGAACAACUCUGACAAGGAUCAGUCUCUGGGGAACUGGAGGAUCAAAAGGCAGAUCUUAGAGGGGGAUGAAAUCGCCUACAAGUUUACACCCAAGUACAUCCUGCGGGCCGGCCAGACAGUCACGGUGUGGGCAGCUGGUGCAGGGGUGGCCCACAGCCCCCCUUCAACCCUUGUGUGGAAGAGCCAGAACAGCUGGGGCGCUGGUGAGAGCUUCCGUACUGUCCUGGUCAACGCUGAUGGAGAGGAAGUGGCCGUGAGGGCCGUGAAGCAGUCCUCGGUGGUACGGGAGAAUGAGAAUGGGGAGGAAGAAGAGGAGGAAGAAGCCGAGUUUGGCGAGGAGGAUCUCUUUCACCAACAGGGAGACCCAAGGACCACCUCAAGAGGCUGUUGCGUGAUGUGAUCUCAGCACUUGUCAUCACAUACCUUCCUCUACCCAGAGCCACUGAAAACUAUUUUUAUAUCAUUGGCUUUCUUUA